AUGUCAUUACGAUUACGCCAGAGCCCCGGCACGGGUUCAGGAUGGCUGUCGGAGUGCAUGCCUUCUGGUGCAGCACCUUCCGAUGCUCGCGAUGAGAAGGGCGCAUGGCGGCGGCAGCUGGAAACAGCGGCCGUGGUGACUUCCUGGUUCGUCCUGAACAUCACAAUCGCAAGUUCAACGAAGUGGAUCUUCGUUCACGGCAGAAUAUGCUUGCAGGACAAGGGAUGUACCACAUAUCAAUAUCCGGUGGCUAUCACAGUGAUCCACAUGAUCUUUUCCUGGAUGCUGUGCAGAGUGUACAUAUUUCAGCUUCGCAGAGGUCUGGAAGGGAAAACCUUGGGACUGGCGCAACAAGCGCGGGAGAUCAUGCCUCUUUCGCUCUGCUUUGCACUUUCUGUGGCGAUGGGCAACCUAUCCCUGAAGUAUAUCUAUCCCUCCUUCAACCAGAUGUUGGGAUCCAUGUCACCACUGAUCACAGUACUCCUGGCCGUGGUGAUGCAGCAGAAGCGUUUUCCGCUGAAGACGUGGCUGUCCAUGCCUGUCAUUUGUGUUGGGCUUGCAGUUUGCAGCGCCAAGGAGCUCAACUUCAAUGCGCUCGGUGCAUUUUACGCCAGCGGAGCUACCGUGCUUCGAGCGGUGAAAUCUCUCAUUCAAGGAAGGCUCCUGUCCACCUCCCACCAGAUGGAUUCUGUAACUCUGCUGUACUACAUGGCUCCGUGGGCAGCCAUGUGGCUAACUUUGAUUAUGUUAUUCAUGGAGGGCGGCGAGCCCUUGUUCUUGUUACUGGCGGUGUUCGACCUACAAGGGUUGGGGACAGAUGGAGACGGCGGCGUAACUGGCGCCGGCCAAGUGGUUUUCCUCCUGAUGCUUUCAGGCUUGAACGCAUGCCUCCUGAACAUCGCCAACUUUCUGGUAACCUCCUACACCAGCCCUGUCACUCUCCAAGUUCUUGGCAAUGUCAAGAGCUGCCUCUCCAUUGCCGUCUCAGUGGCGAUUUUCAGGAAUAGCCUGACUUUGGAGCAAGCCAUCGGAGUUUGUACGUGCCUAAUUGGAGUUUGGAUGUACAACCAGAAGUCCUCUCCGGGGCCGUCAGCUGCAGCUGCCGCCAAGGCCCAACAGUGUAACAGCCGGUGUGCCUGCAGGUACAGUGUUUGCACACGGCUGUGA